GUUGAUGUUUUGUUUCGGAGCUCGCUGAACGAUGUGAGCUGUUUCGUCUCCGGGUCUGCUUGGUAUUUCUGAGGUCGUCUUCCCGGUUCCCUCCGUGUUUUUUUUCUCGAUAAGGUUUCGCUGUCGGUCGGCAUCGUGUCGCUCCCGGUGUCUCUCCCGGGAAGCGCGAGGCCGAGUCGUGCGAUGAUGGAGGACUUUGAUGAGAUCUACGAAGAGGAGGAGGAGGAAGAGGAGGACGAGGACAGGGCCGCGGAGGAGCAGCUCCUCAAGUACGCUCCGGACCCGGUGGUGGUGCGAGGGUCCGGCCACGUCACUGUGUUUGGGCUUAGUAAUAAAUUUGAGUCAGAAUUUCCUUCAGCACUUACAGGAAAGGUGGCACCAGAGGAAUUCAAAGCCAGUAUCAACCGUGUAAACAGCUGCCUGAGGAAAACACUCCCAGUGAAUGUGCGGUGGCUCCUGUGUGGCUGCCUCUGCUGCUGUUGCACGCUGGGCUUCAGUUUGUGGCCUGUGAUCUGCCUCAGCAAGAGGACGAGAAGAUCUAUAGAGAAACUUUUGGAGUGGGAGAAUAGCAGGCUUUACCACAAGUUGUGUUUGCAUUGGAGGCUAAGCAAAAGGAAGUGUGAAACCAACAACAUGAUGGAAUAUGUAAUCCUAAUAGAAUUCCUACCUAAGAUCCCCAUCUUCAGACCGGACUAGCCCGACUGCAGCUGAUCUUAAACCGCCACUGCUUCCCAGCUCUGUCACCGAAUCACAAUGGCUGUAAAGCUCCUGAAAAACUACCCAUCUUGAAAUACUCCAGUAUUUCUGUUUACAUUGAUCCCCCCUUUUUUCUCUUUGACCCGUUCCCCCACACAUUACCUUAUCUACAGCCUUGUUUACAAAUCCAGCAGCCCCACACUUGUUUUCGGAGUAAAUUCACCUUUGAACCAUUGGGCAAACUGGCGCACUGUCAUGCCACUGCAAACUGCCGCCAGCCUAUACGAUGUCAGAGAAGAAGCAGCCAUGAGCAGUGUUAUGGAUUUAGGAACUAGAGCUGGAGACUGGACUCUUGAAUUGAGGUCCGUGAGCCACAACUGGAAUUUUGUCACUUUUGUGUUCCCUAACCGAAGCACGUGGCACAGUCAGACCAUGAUAACACAAACACUUUCAUAUGCCACACCGCCAACUUCACUUGCAAAAAAUACACCCCAGUGCUUUUGUAAGAGUUGGUCUGGUGCUCCAGAUCCUUACUAGAGGCCGCGGAGGCAACGUAACAUGGAACUCCAAAGGAGCCUUCAUCCAAAUCAACCCUGUAGCAGACAUACUAGUCUUACAGUAACAUGUCAGGCUGGUGGCCAGAAUAGCUGAACUCAAUAAUGUCACUCUUCAAGUACCGGACAUUGUCUCGCCUCCUCUCAUGUCUCUGCACACUUCACUGUGCAUCACCCUAACCCAGUGACAAUCGCACACUCUGACUGUACUGUCCAUAGUGUGAAUGGGUCUUUGUGCUACACUUUACCUGGAACACGUUGUCUUCAGCGUUAUAUGUGUCCAGGUGAUGGACAGGCUGCCUAGCAACUGCUUCUGAGUCGCAGGAGAACAAGUUAAUUGUAAAGAUGCCCACUGGUUAUGAAGAGAGAAAAUAUUUUUUUUCUUCUCCUUUUUUUUUUAGAAUCUUAAGGUUUGUUUACUGUUAAGUUGAAAGAGAGGCAGUCGAUGCUUGUAAAACUUAUGUGUGUAUGUGUGUGUGUCAGAGAAACAAGCAAAAAACAGACAAAUCAGACAUGAAGAGAUACUCUUUACUCUGUAAAGCAGGGUUCUUUCUUUGAAAUAUUUCUUUGCCAUAACCAGUCUUUGUUAUCUUUUUUGUUGUAGUAAUUUAUAAGCGUUUGAGUGUGCAUAUAAUGUGUGCAUUCAUGAAACAGGCCUCUUAAUUUUUGCAAAGGAAUGCCAUGGUUGUUUCCCUUUUCUCUGUGGUCACGUGUCGACACUAAAGCACACAAUCGCUUUUGUCCUUAACACCUUUACAUGGCCUCUCUUACUUAUCUACUGACCUUGGCUCACUCACAGGAGUGUUCAAGUUGAGGACGCGGAUGUACAUCAGAAAAUUCCUCCUUUUUCAUUAUAUUCAAAGGUUUAGGAUGAACAAGAGGUCCUCUUUUCUGGGUGUUUCAUGAUACCAGGGUUCUGUCAUGAAGCAGGAUUACAUAAAGUUAGCUCUGAGUACAACCAAGCUGCUCACAGAUCAUUGAUAUGGACUUAAAAAGUUGCACUAACCAGUGUAUAAACAAAAAAUGGCUUUGCAGUGUGGAAAGAGGUUACCUGUAUGAGUAUUGACAUCAAAGCUUUAGUGUCUUCUAGCUUUCUGUCCUGCAGAUUUAUGGACUGUUCCAACUGCAUGUGUCACUCAGAGUGAGAAAAAUAUCAUCACAUCUCGUCUUAAUUCUGGAUUUCCAACACUGUUCACCCUGACGCCAUCACAGGAAACAUACUUUGGUUACAUCACUUUUUUACCACCUUUUUGGUGAAUACCUCCACAGACGGUGCUGGAGUGUGUAGACCGGGAUCAGAUUUGAGUGCAGAUUCAAUGCCAAGUCGCUGAUGUCACACCACAUGAGACACAAGUUGCAGUUUUUGAUUGGCUGUUCACCAUUUUUUACCCAUCAAGGGCUGUUGAAGUUGACCUCACUUUCAAAGACGACAAAUCCAAUGUUUUGAUGCAACACACAUCCAAUCGCACCCGUCUCAUUUGCUGAAGUAUAUUUGCCUGCUAUUAUAAAUGGUACAUGCAAUGGGAACAGAUUUUGACUGUGUAGGUUUGCUGUCACCGUUUUCAGUCAUUUGAUUUGCUGCAGCAGCAUUCAGAGAAAAAGCUCUGAUGAACCACUGUAAGCUCCAUGCUCACCCCUGAACAGCUGGCAGAUACCAUUAGAAACUUAGUAAACAUGCUGGUGCAUUUAGCCUCUAAUGUUGCAGAUAUUUCCAUCAGAAGCUAGUGGAUAUCCGCAAUUAACCUAAGAGGAGAGUGAACGUUGUUUGCAAUAGCAACUUUUUGAGGUGAUGGCAUGUACAUUAAUGAGGGUUUUAAGUGAAAAAAGUGCUGGUCUGGGCACUGUUCACUUAUCUAGCUAACAAUCCUGCUUCAUUAUAAAGGUGACUAUUUUUACAAAGGCGUUAUAGAUCACUCCAUGAAGCACAUCUCAUUUUCAAUUAAUAUAUUUAACAUUUUGCCAGCCAGUAGGAGAAAAUAAAAAGUCCUUUUUGAGUCCGGUAAAUAUUUAGCUUUUCCCACUCUGCUCACCAUUGUUAAAACAUCGAUACGGAGACUGUGAGAUUACGUACAUCAAGAAUUUGAUCAAAGCCACUUAGUUUUCGGUCAGUCAGCUCUGGUGAAUGUAUGGGUCACACUCAGGGGAUUAUAGUAGAUAAACAACAAAAUGUAGCAUUGCAAAAUCUCUCUGUCAGGUAUGUUCCAAAGUUACACCAGGGUGUCAAGUAUAGUAUACAGAUCACACAUUACUUGAAUAAUUGUUAAACAAUGCAUUUCGAGUUUGUUUUGAAAUUGAAAAAGAUCCCUGAGAAAAAGAUAAUGUGUCUUUGGCCUUCCUCUUCUGAUAAAAACGGAAGCACAUGCACCACGGACCCACAAAGACAGAUGUAGUGUUAGUUUAUAUGUUAAAAGACAUAAGUUCACUUGAUUACCGCUGGUUUGCCUAUCAGUUCAUCACUUUUCUACAUCUUUGAUUGUGAUCUGUGUAAAUCAAGGCGUAAGGCCAUAUGCAUAUAUUUGUGGUGUGUGUGCAUAUAUGUGUAUGUGCACGGUGUAUCCAGAUGCAAAUGUUCUUCAGAGAUCUGACUGUGAUUGAAUCCUGCACAGAAACAUGAGUCCUUUUUAUAUAAUCUUGAGUGUUCUGUGUGUGUGUGUGUGUGUGUGUGUGAGGGAGACAAAGAUAUAUGUACAUGACUCAUGAACAGAUGGAUGUACAGUAAUAAACUACCAAUAAACAAGGCUAUGGGCAUCCUCCGCUUCAA